UUCACCUCACACUCACUUGUACCUAAUAAUUCCUCCCCUCGCUGCUUUUGCCACAAGCUUUCCCCUAUAUAUACACUUGAAUCUUUCUUCUCAUUGCUCACUUCAACUUCAACUUCAACCUCUUCUUCAGCAAAUACUUAAAACACACACAUUAUCUCUCUCUCUCUCUCUCUCGCUAAUAAUGGAUAAACUAGACAAGUGUGCAGCAAACUAUGUAGCGCUAACUCCUCUCACUUUCUUGAAGAGAGCCGCUGCGGUUUAUGCCAAACGGACCUCUGUUAUAUACGGCGGAGUUCGGUUUAACUGGCUCCAGACUUACCAACGAUGUUGUCGUGUGGCCUCCUCGCUUCGAUCCCUCAAUAUUACAAAGAACGAUGUGGUGUCGGUUUUAGCACCAAAUACUCCAGCAUUGUAUGAGAUGCAUUUUGCAGUGCCAAUGGCUGGGGCGGUGCUGAAUGCUAUUAACACCAGGCUUGAUGCCAAUAACAUAGCGACUAUUCUGCGACACUCUGAAGCCAAGAUGUUCUUUGUGGACUACGAAUACGUGCCUCUUGCUCGUGAUGCUCUCCGUUUGUUACUCUCUGAUAUUGAUUGUUCACUCCCUUUGGUGAUUGUCAUUGAUGACAUUGACAAGCCUACGGGGAUUCGGCUAGGCGAGCUUGAGUACGAGCAGCUUGUUUGCCACGGGGAUCCUCGGUAUGUGCCUGAGGCGGUCCAGGAUGAGUGGGAUGCGAUAGCUCUGAAUUACACCUCUGGCACCACCUCGGCUCCCAAAGGAGUGGUGUAUAGUCAUAGAGGGGCGUUUUUGAGUACUAUGAGUUUGAUUCAGGGGUGGGAAAUGGGGACUGAGGCUGUUUAUUUGUGGUCACUUCCUAUGUUUCAUUGUAAUGGAUGGACUUUUACUUGGGGAGUGGCUGCACGUGGUGGCACCAAUGUGUGCAUCCGCAACACCACUGCGAAACAAAUGUACUCGGCAAUUGCUGAGCACAAGGUCACACACAUGUGCUGCGCCCCCAUUGUGUUCACUAUUCUCCUCGGGGCAAAACCCGAGGAGCGAUGCAGUAUUAGCCAUCAGGUGAACAUUCUGACGGGAGGGGCACCGCCACCAGCGCCCCUCCUGGAGAGAAUGGAGAAACUCGGUUUCCAUGUCAUGCAUGCCUAUGGCCUCACCGAGGCCACAAGACCUGCACUGAUAUGCGAGUGGCAGGCUAAAUGGAACGACCUGCCACAGGAACAGAAGGCCAAACUCAAGGCUCGCCAGGGUGUGAGUAUACUCACCCUGGCGGAUGUUGAUGUUAAGGAUUUGACUACAAUGAAAAGUGUGCCGCGUGAUGGCAAGACAAUGGGAGAAAUUGUGCUCCGAGGCAGCAGUAUCAUGAAAGGCUACUUCAAAGAUCAGGUUGCCACAAAACAGGCAUUCCAUCAAGGCUGGUUUUUAACAGGUGACGUCGGGGUAAUCUACCCCGACGGAUACCUGGAAAUCAAGGACAGGUCAAAAGAUGUUAUCAUCUCAGGUGGCGAGAAUAUAAGCAGCGUGGAACUGGAGUCAGUGCUUUACAAGCAUCCUAGUGUAAUGGAGGCCGCCGUGGUGGCAAUGCCUCAUCCGCGAUGGGGGGAAAGUCCUUGUGCCUUCGUCGUAGUGAAAAAUAUGGACAAAAAUAAUGUGCGAGAGGAUGAUAUCAUCAAACAUUGCCAGGAAAAUCUGCCAAAAUAUAUGGUACCGAAGAAGGUAGAGUUCUUGAAUGAUCUUCCAAAGACUUCAACAGGGAAGCUGAAAAAAUUUGAACUCAGGGCAAUUGCAAAGACUCUGGUGAUCUCUGACAAACAAACGGCCAAGAAGCAGGCUAAUAAAGUCCACAGGAACCGAUUAAAUGACAAUGGACAUGCAACUGAUCACCAUGACCUUGUCAUGUCUCGUCUAUGAAACUAUAAGUGUUCUCGAAUUAUACUACUUUACGGUGGAAAUGAUCCGCUUGGUAGUCAAAAUUUUAAUUCGCUUGUACAAAAUGUUAAAGUUUGAAACAGGGCUUGUAAUUUAAUCCUUUUGAAAAUAUUAAUAGUUGUAUCAUACUGAAAAUAAUGAUCGAUCAUUUGGUUGAGUUAAUCAUUCGAAUACUAAAAUAAACUAAUUCGGUUCGGUUGACCAAACCGAAGCAACUCGUUUUCAGUUCAAUUAUGAUUUUUGUUUUAUUUGA